AGGCAGAAUUUGGAUCGGGAUUUAGGACUGGGAGUGUUGAGACGACUCGAACAGUCUCUAGUUUAUCUUUCUCUUUUCCGUUUAUCAAUUCUACGUCAAUUUUCAUCUCUUCCACUCUGGUUCCUAACAUUGGUAUCAGAGCAGUCCGCUCUGGGAAGCUUCGAUCUAAGUCACGCGGUAAAAAAUGGAGCAGCGCAGGGAUUAUCAAAGGUCAAAACGGAAAGUGGUCACCUCUGGUUUGUACGUGACAAUUGAGAAGCGUGUGUCUACGCAAAAGGGAAAGGAACCCCAUCGAAAAACCGAUCAAAAUGCCUCGCGCGGAAAAGUGGGGAAGGGUGCAAACCUGGAGAAUGGCAAACGUCGACGGCGAGGACGAUCGCGAACAGUGCGACGCUGCGAGAAUUCGAAACGCAGAGGUUAUUCGUCAUCGCAGACUCUGGAGCAACCUGUUUCUCCUAGUUCGCAGGUUUCAUCUCUCACCAGUUCGCAGUCGCCAGAAGUUUCUUACAGUUCGCCAUCUACGCUCCAAACAGUAUCUUCCUGUUCUCAAUCUCCAUCGCAAGCGGAUUCCUACACUUUGCAAGCUUCAACGUCCCCUCAGGAGUCCGAUAAUCAGCGACAACCUGUCCCUGGAGGUGUUUUUUCUUCGCGCCCCAGAGAAAAGGUAGAAGAGGAGAGAGUCCAGUUGGGUCCUAACAGUGCUGAGGAUGUUCAGAGGGUUGUUAAUCUAGAGCGAAAUUCCGUUAGAGAAGAUGAUAAAUCUUCUCUGGAGACCAAGCGGAUGUCAGUGGGUGUUAUAGGUGGCCCUUGUGAAAAUGGCGUUACUGGCAAUCAUAGGUCAAUGGGGGAAGUGUCAAAGGGAGUUGAAGUUUUUUUUAGCUCAGGAUUCCCUGAAGAGCAGAAUCAGUAUCUCAUUCCUGGUUUCUUCACAGAUGCAUUAACCGUUGGUGAAAAUGUUCUGGGAAUACCAACAGCUUGUGUACUGACAGAUGGGGGCAUAGGGUUUGGUGGUUUGCUCCAUAUUGCAAUUGCUGAUAAAUGGAUUGAAAUUCUCAAGGAAAGAGAUAAGGACGGGAAAAUGGAAGACGGUGUUAACACACUUACUACAAGAAGGUGGAUGAAGAAGUGUGCUACUUAUGUUGAUAGUAAUGACCACGCUCUAGGCGGUGAAGGUGUGGUAUUGUUCUGGGGUGCCUUAGCAAAGAAAUUGGUGGAGGAUGAUCCACAAACUAAUGCAAUGGAAGGAUCAGACCCUAGGCAUGGGCAUCCGUGUGUGACCACUAGUACAAUGAUAUGCAGGGGAGAAACCAUCCGUUCGCAGGUACCACCAAAAGAACGGGAGAUAUCCUGGGAAAGAAGCCACAUACGCCCAGGAAGGGAGAUUUACCUGUUCAUAUCAAAUUGUGCUUAUCACUCCUUCACGAACUCUGUAGGUGCACUUGCUGGGGAUUGCAGAGGGUGCUGGGAUGAAAGCUAUACUAAUAUAAAGGUUUCUACCAACGAGGUUAUACCACUAUCAAUUGUUCAGAAACGGUACGGGAUUCACAUGGUUUCUAGUCAAAAAGUAGAUGCUGAACUUGUAGUAAAAGACGGUUCUCUUGUGAAUUGUGAAAUAAAAAGUGGAUCACAGCACCUAGGUGUGGAAUCUCCGGAAAUGCGAUAUGUUGUCAUUUUGGAUCUGCCAAGGGAACCUGCAUGCAUACUACCAGCUGAAGAUAGAGUCCUUAGACAAGGGAAAGAGAAUGCCUUCAAAAUAUCCAUCUUUUGUGCAAAGGAUACCUCAGACGAAGUUAGUUGGCAAAACCUAAAUAAAAGUCUGCAUCGAGUUUCAUCGGGAGUGAAUGGAAAGUAUGAGGCAGUUCAGGAAAUAGAGGUUGAUAUUGUUUAUCACCUUGAAAGAACUGUUGGAAGUGAAGAGAAGCUAUAUAGGAGAAAAAAUGGUGAUAGUCUUUCGCAUGCAACAGAAAAUAAAGAAUUAAAUAAGAGGAUGACUAAGGGUAAUCAAGAACAGAAUGAGAGUUAUGCAUAUCCAUCAUUUUCUCCUGCAAACAACCUUGAGCAAGCUACUACCGACACCAAUCAUUGUGACUGUCUGAUGGUUGAAGCUCUCAAUCCAAAUGGGAAGGUUUUCCCACUUCAUGUAAUCAAGCUGAAGUAUUGGGAAGGAAGAGGCGCGAGAAUGAAGCUGAACAGCAUGGCUAUAUUCUUACUCCCACCUUGAGGACAAGGUGGUUGUCAAAGGGGGGAGUGAUGAUAGGGACCCAGGCAUUACAAAGAAUAAGAGAUUAUUAAGUAUUUUAAUGCUGUUCAAUAAUAGGGUUUUAGGCCCUCUAAUUUAAUAGAAGUGGGCUGGCCCAUUAGAAAUAGAAUAAAUAAGGGAGAGGGGGUGAGGAGUUAGGCAGGCAGAAUUUGGAUCGGGAUUUAGGACUGGGAGUGUUGAGACGACUCGAACAGUCUCUAGUUUAUCUUUCUCUUUUCCGUUUAUCAAUUCUACGUCAAUUUUCA